UUUCUGCAAGAAACCCAUUUCUCUCUCUCAUACUCUCUCGCUUUCUAAAACCCUUUCUCUCUCUAAAACCCCUUUUUUCUAUUUCUACAAAAGCUUUGGGGCUGACUCAGAAAAGUCUAGUGUUUUACUGCAUUCCGAAAAUGGCGAUUGAAGAUCACGAGAACCCAAAUCGAGAAAUCAAGCCUAAAAACAGAAGAAUCAUGGGAGCUGGUGGACCGGAGGAAGAAGAGAACCGGUGGCCUAUAUGGCUGAAACCUUUACUGAAAGAACACUUCUUUGUUCAAUGCAACUCUCAUGGACACUCACCGAAAAGCGAAUGCAAUAUGUAUUGCUUAGACUGCACUAAUGGCUCCCUUUGCUCUCUCUGUCUGGCUCACCACAAGGAUCAUCGCACGAUUCAGAUAAGGAGAUCAUCUUAUCAUGAUGUAAUAAGGGUCAAUGAGAUUCAGAAGUAUUUAGAUAUCUCCAGCAUUCAGACGUAUGUGAUCAACAGUGCAAAGGUUGUGUUUUUGAAUGAGAGGCCUCAGCCUAAGCCCGGUAAAGGGGUUACUAAUACCUGCGUGGUCUGUUAUCGUGGCCUUGUCGAUGAUUGCUUCAGCUUCUGCUCUCUUGGCUGCAAGGUAGCAGGAACUUCUAGAAGCUUUGAGAAGAGAGUGAAGGAUACAGCUAUGGAAUCAGAGAAUUCAAGCCACAGUUCAGGGGUAGAGGAUAAUAUCCCUCAGAGUUUAAGCCCAUCAACGCCUCAACUUCCUACUUCUAGUUCUAUGCGAAAAACACGAAGAAAGGGACUCCCUUACCGAUCUCCACUGCACUGAGAUUAGAUCGCAAAGAAGAAGAAGUCUGUGAGUGAUACAUUUCAAGGUUCCUGAUGAUAUACAGACAUCCUCAAAAGAAGCGUAUAUAGCUCAAUACAAGACACACAAAAGGUUUUAACUUUCUCUUACAGCAAAGAAGUGCCUUAGGUUUUAUGCUAUGAAGUAGUCAAAUAAGUAGUAAGUGUAUAUAUAUGAUAUCGUCGUUUAUACUUUUAAUGUGAUGAAAAUGAGGCUAGACAGUGAGUGAUAGUAUUUUCCUACAAGUAGUUGGUUUUUGACUAAGUCUUUUGGGUGUAAAUUUGGUUUUGAUAGACUAUAAUAACAAUAACAUAUUAUUUAU